AUGAUGCGCCUGUUGCUGCGGUCGCGGAGCCCCGCCGGGCUUCCGGCCGACUCUCCGGUACUUCGAGCCCUGGAGAGGAAGUCCCGCCGGCGCCUGGAGCAGGAGGCCCUCUCUAAGACGCUCAUCUGCCCUAAAGAACGGCCCUUGACCCACUCCCACCCGUGUCCCGGAGAGGCCUUAGAGGGACAGCCCCGGACCCUGAACCGUGCUGCACUGAGGACCCCUGAGGCCGGCAAGACGGUGGACGAGGAGACCCUGGCCGCCCUCUUCCGCUCGCCGCUUUUCGCCCGCAGCUGCCAGGAGCCCUUCCUCCGCAGCAUGGCCGAGUGGUUCCCGGGCAGAGCGCAGGCCUUCUCCGCGCCCACUGUGGCCUCCGUGGCCAAGCACUUGGCUCGGCACCGCCUGCGGGAGACACGGCUGCUGGACGCCCUGGCCACCUUCCUGCUGCAGCGCAUCCAGAGCCUGGACACCAAGAUGGUGCAGAGGCUGGUCUUCCCCUUCGGCCGCCUGGACUACCGCCCGUCCAACCACCUGGAGCUCUUCCCGCGGCUGGUGGGGUCCCUGGGGCAGGCGGGCCACUCCCCCUCCCCACUGGCCACCCUCAAUGUCCUGCUGUCCCUCUGCCAACUCCAGUUCUGGCCCCCGGACGCCCUCCUCCAAAGGGUCUUCUCCCCUGCCUUCCUGGCCGACGUCACUGGCAGCCCCUGUGGGGCCAUCGCGCGGCGCUACCUCUCCCUGCUGGACACGGCAAUGGCGCUGGAGGUCCCGGGGUACGACGGGCCCCGGCUGGACCCCCGCUUCUGCGUCCGGAUGUUUGACGGGGCCCUGACCGCAGAUGACGCCAACCGGAAGUACAGCUUCAAAGGCCUGGUGGGAGAGGGGCUGCAGUGCCUGGUGGGCCGGGACCGUUUCCAGCAAGACGUGGUGGUGCCCCCGGGGUACGGCGUAGAUUUCCUGCUCCGGGUCUCCUCUUCUUCAGGGCAAGUGCUUCCCUUGGGUGGUCCCACCAAGGCCGUGGCUGAGCGGGAGACCCCCGAAAAGAAGGGCCCGUGUAUUCUGGGGGUCUUUCCCGAAGGCUCUACUACCGAGGGGACCUUGCAAAAUAAGCACCCACUAGAGGAAGACCAAUCUCACAGGCUGGUGCUGUCCGUCAACGACAAGUGGCACUACUGCCGCAACUCGGGCGUCUUGGUGGGCUCCCGGUCCAUGCGGAUGCGGCAUCUGCGCCUCCUGGGCUUCCGGCUCCUCCAGCUGCCAUAUUGGGAGCUGGAGAGACUGCACGGCCUGGAGGAGACCCGGCAAUACCUGCACCAGAAGCUGAAGGAGGAGGCCCAGCCCUGAGCGGAAGGAACAGGUGGAUCUCCCUUUGAACAACCCCCCUCUUAAUAUUUCCCCCAAAUUGAAUGAAGCGUGUGAGGGGUGCAGGCAGGCUCUUGGCUUUAUUGGCGCUGCUCCCCCCCUCCCCAAAUCUGCCAUGCGUCCAAAGCCCAGCCUCUGCCCGGGGUCUCCGGGGUCCGGUCCUCUGUCGGUUCCUGCGCAGUCUUUCCUCUCUUUUCCCGGAGACCCCCCCCCCCCAAAGUGGUCCUGGCAGGAGGGGAGGGGCAUGCCUCACCCCGCCCGGGCGACAAUAAAGCUAUUUAUUGACACUUUUAAA